CGCGCGCGGCUACAACUUCAGGACCAGCGGCUGUCCAGGGUCCGAGUCCGGGGUCCAGGGUCCAGGCUUCCAGGGUUGAGGGUCCAGGCUUCCAGGGUCCAGGCUUCCAGGGUCCAGGGUCCGGUCCACGGGAUGUCUCUGCGUUAACUGACUUGUUUCCAGCGGCUACAGAGGAAUGUCCCGACCGGGGAGAUGAACCAUGGCCUGGCAAGUGUGGUCAAAACCGUGCUGUGGUCAGAAAUGGCUGCUCCUCCUCUCCCCGCUCUUCCUCCUCUUCCUCACCAUCUCUGUGAUGACCAUGACUCUCCCCCUUGCUCUGCCGCGCGCCGACGCUGACUGGCGGUCGUCGCGAGCCCUGAGCUCGGCCGGGGGGUUCAGACCCGGGCUGAGAGUCACGGAGCCCCUCGCUCACAGGGCCUGGACAUCCAGCGCUGGAAAAGAGACGUCCGGACGUUCGGUGCCGCCGAAACCUUCCGGGGACGCUGCCGGCGUUAACAGAAAUGGCUUCAAAGAGAGGAGUCACGCAGAAUUACACAGAAACAAACACAAAAACAAAGGCACCGCUUCCAAGAGAAAAGGGAUGGCAGGCGCCAUCCAGCUUUCAACCAUCAAUCAGCGUGACCGUGUCCCGCAAUUUACAGUCAACAGAACAGGGCCAAGGCAUAGAAUUAAGGCCAGCAACCACAGUGCUGUGGCGAAGCACGCGGCACAGACCUUUAUUUAUCUUGAAAGGAGCAGAUCCGGCGCGGCACAUUUCCCUGCUCCAGCAGAGAGCCCGAAGAGUGGCAGACGAGCCGCAGACCGACAGGAGGACAGACACACAAACACACAAAUACAUGGCAGCCACACGAGUGCACAGCUAGUUGUGGAAAAACACAGACGAGCGACAAAGCACUCUGGGAAAUCUGACAGAGUGGGUAAGGAGCAGCAGGCUGUGAAUCCAGGGUCGUCAGAGCGUAAGAAGGCUUCGUCCAGAGCCGAGGUCGCCGCGGGGUCAGAGGUCGGCGGCUGGUGUCGCAGCUUCAGAGAGCAGGACUUCCCAGACGCCGACCACAGGAAGAUCAGGCAUAUUAGUCCAGAUCUGGGGCCUCUCCCCUGGCUCAGCGAGGAUGACAUCCAGAAGAUGGAGCUCCUGGCUGGGGGAGAGGUGCUCAGUAAGGCCAGGGUGCCCGCACACGGCCAGGUGCUCCGGGUGGAGCUGGAUCCUCCUGCACCGCAGCAGCAGCCAUCAGGGCAGAGGGGUGGCCCUGAGCGGGCGGCUGGCCGCGGACAUCCAGAAGGCCUGGCCGAGCGCUGCCAGCAGGGCCACUGCUCCCUGAUCAAACGGCCCGAUGACUGGUUCGAGGUGUUAGCCUUCCACCUGGACCGGGUGCUGGGGCUCAACAGAAGUCUCCCUGCGGUGCUCCGGACCUUCCACAGCCCUGUUUUACCGUACCGAUACACCAGCGGCGUCCCCCGGCCUGUAGUGUGGUGGGAUCCAGAUAUUCAGCACCUCGCUGACCCAGACAACGACCAGAACUCGGUGGCGCUCAGCUGGGCCCAGUACCAGGAGCUGCUGCAGGUCCGCUGUGGGACGGAGGCCAAGCUGAGGUCAGCGCCCUGCGUGGGAGUUCAGCACUCAGAGUGGGGCAGACUGGCUCUCUUCGACUUCUUAUUACAGGUGAACGACCGGCUGGACAGGUACUGCUGUGGUUUCAGCCCGGAGCCCGCCGAGCUGUGCGUGGAGAACCGGCUGCACGCCAAGUGCGGCAGCACCGAGGACCUGCUGCUGGUCCACAUCCUGGUGAGGAAGGCAGACCCCUCCAGACUGGUGUUCAUAGACAACGCGGGCAGACCGCAGCAGUCCACCAACAACCUCAACUUCCAGCUGGUCGAGGGCAUCGAUGAGUUUCCAGAGAGAGCCGUGUCGGUGCUCCAGUCAGGCUGCCUGCACAGUCUCCUUCUACGCUCCCUUUACACAGACAGGGAAUUCUGGGACAGCCGGGGCGGGGCCAGCGGUCUCAGGCCCCUCAUCCACACUGUGGAGCGCAGAGGCCAGAUUCUCCUCCAGCACAUCCGAGACAGGAAGCUGCAGCUCAACAGGGACCUGUGACUGACUGGGCCAUCCAGGCUCCACACAUCAGCGAGAGUUGAAAUGGUUCAGGGGUCACGCUUGGAUAACCUCAGGGUCCCGAACCCUAACCAUAUCACUGCCUUCUAAAAGCCAACAGUGGUGAGAUUGUAUUUUAAAGUCCAACUGAACUCAGAAAAGGCCGUCCUGUCAAAAAUGAUGUCAGAAGUGAUUUUAUUAAUAUGUUUAUUACUUUAAGAGAAAAAAAACAAUCAGAAAUGCUCCUCCUAGCCUCCAAACCUGAGAGUGGGAGGCAAAGCUGGCAGGGCCAGCAUGACACGAUGUAGCUGUUAGCUGUUAGCUUAGCAGCCAGGCACCGGCCGAGUCCUGUUAGCAGAGCGAAGAGCACCAAGUGUUAAGAUGCUAAAUGUGUUGCUGACCAGCUGAUAUGUUUGUUGGUUAGUACUGGGUUAGGGUUAGGGUUGAAACUCCGUUUUCACAGCUACAUUACUCCCAGAUUCUCACAUCGCACACAUACAUAUGCACGAGCACGCGGCUAAUGUUAGCUAGUCAUUGAGCCAUUGAGGCAUCGAGUUGCCCGCUCCUCAUUUGCAUAAAGUUGAAUCCAGGCUACUUUAUGCAAAUGAGGAGCGGCCGCCUCAGUUCCCCGCCUCUUAAAAGCUGACGAAAAUCUUUUAAAGUGACCUUUGCAGAUCUAAAAAUAAGAGAUUGUAUUCCGAACAAGCCGCCAUUAUGGUCAGUUUUGAAAUCCGGGAGCAGCAUUCGUCCAAUCAGGUGCAGCCAUCGCGGUUGUAGGAGGGAGGAGCCUAUUUUCCUUGCUUGUUAGGUAUAGACAGUAAACGAAAUGGACACGGCGACGCCAUAGACUUCCACGGAGACCAGUGAGGUCUAUUAGAAGCACUUUUCCGGUGAUGGCUGAGCGUUACUGCGCAGCCUCAAACUGAGCUUGAUAAUGUAGAUGUGACGUGAGCAACCUGUCUAUAUUUGUAAGACUUCUGGUAACUGUGCCAAGAGAAAUUUCAAUCAUUCCCAAUCUUGUGGAUAAAGUGGAUCGUGGAUAAAUGUUACCUCGUAUGAAUUAACUUGCCACAUACUGAAGUAUUUCCAAUCCAUCAAAACGUUGCUGAAAUAUUUUGUUCUGAUAAUUUCAUGGACUCUCUAUGGGCUUCUCCCUUGACUGUAUGC